AAAGUUUACAAUUGUCGGAUGAGUCGGAUGUCGGCUGAUUCACACUCAUGAAAUUUUUUGCUUUAGAAAAUUUAAUAACUCCUAGAGGGAGCCACACAUAAAAGUAUGAUAAUAUAUUGACUCAUGCAGUAGCUUUAGCUUUUAUUGUUCAGCCCUUACAUUUGUAGUUACGAAAUGAAUGUGCUAUUUUUUCGCAGGAAAGCGCUGUAUAUGUACACAAAAUUUUUAGUGUCCAGCGAAAUGACAGAAGACUUCAGGACUAUAAUUUUUUGAUUUAUGUUAAUUUAAAAAUUUAUGAAAUACUCAAAAUGUGAAAAAUCAAUUUGGUACAUCGGUUUUUAGAAAUUAAUAAUCAGUAACCGUGAAUGAUACUUUGAUUCGACAUUUAAAGAUAUUUAUAAAAGUGAACUUGAAAUUUGUUUGUGAAGCAGAUUUUGCCGGCGAUUCUAUUGGAUUAGCUGUUACAAUGAAGUCAACAGUACGUACGGUGAAUAACAAAUUUUGAAUGACUUUUUCAUUAGAGCAAUAAAUUGAAGGGAAUCUUUUCUCUGGCAGAAUAAUUUGAACGUAAAAUUUUGGAAUAAAAAAUAACAUAAUGGAUUCCCAUCAACAACAAUUUUGUCUAAAAUGGAAUAGUUUUGGAAGUAAUUUAGCUACCGCUUUUUCGAAUCUUUUCAAAAGUGAAAGUCUCACGGAUGUAACUCUUUUUUGUGAAGGCAUCACAUUUAAAGCACAUAGAUUAAUUUUAGCAGCAUGUAGCAAACAUUUUCAAGAGCUUUUUGAAGGUAUGCCACAUUCUUUGGCCGGAUUAAUUGUCAUUUUGGAUGGAACAAGUGCUCACAAUAUGGCAUCAUUGCUCGAGUUUAUGUAUCGUGGGGAAGUCCAUGUAUCACAGGAGUCAUUGAGUUCCUUUUUAAAAGCUGCUGAAUACCUCCAAGUAAAGGGGCUGUCUAUUGAACAUGAAAAAUUGGCUGUAGCUCAUUCUCAUGCCUCAGAAAAUAAUACUGCUAUGAACGAAUCUGGAGGUAGUAAUGCUGAAAUUUUAGAAUCCGAUGCCAUCAGUAGAGUCAUGAAAACAGAGGCCACUUCAGUUUCAUCUCCAUCACCAAAUUAUAGUGUGCCGAACAUUUACAGUUCUCCAAACUACUAUGAAAGUCCACAAAAAAGAACAAGGUUACUUAGAUCACCAAGUGAUAUAUACACUUCUGGAAAAGUGAGUGUUUUACGAGAUGGAUCAACUUUUCGCCCUGCUUCUGCUCCACAUCCAUUACUACUAGAUAAUCAUAUACAUCAAACUUUUACUCAUCCAUCUGACGCUUCGUCUCAUUCAUAUACAGCUCCACAUACUCCUACUGAAUUGGAACGAGAUCUGGAACAAGAUCAAUCUGAAGGAAAAAAUAACGAAGAUCUGAAAGAAAGCGUUGCAGAAGAUCUGCGAAUAAAACAAGAACCAACAAUGGUCAUUGACAGAGACAGCUCGGAUAAAUUGAUUGAGAAAUCAUCAGGAGAAGUUUAUUUAGGUGGACGAGGAUUCGAUACGUCUAACUAUGGAUUGGUCAAUGACCAUAAACUUAACAUAACACCAUUCAAGCAAAGUACGGUUUCAUUAUCACAUCCACCUACACCAGAUUUGAGCCCAGCACCGACAACACCUGCUAGAUGGAAUUCAAAAAUAAAUAAAGCUGGUACAGUAAGCACGCCUGAUGGUAAAAAAUUGAAAUGUCCUUUUUGUGAUCGUCUCUAUGGAUAUGAAACGAAUUUGCGUGCUCAUGUACGACAGCGUCAUCAGGGUAUCAGAGUUUCCUGUCCAUUUUGUUCGCGAACAUUUACUAGAAACAAUACAGUACGAAGACAUAUAGCGCGGGAACAUAAAAAUGAAAUUAGUAUCAAGGCUUUCCAGACAGCGAGUCAUCAAGUUACGGAUUCAUUACCACAGUAAAAAUCAACAUCAUAUCUGUUAUAUUUACAGAAAGCAAUUUUUCUAGUAUGUUAUUUUUUUAUCCAUAGUUCGUUUCUUACGGUAUUUUCAAAUUACAAUUUUUAUAGUAUUAUGAUAAAUAAGCCUGCAUUUUAGAAUGGCUUACUACCAUGCGUACUAUCAUCUAUUUUAAUUGAUGACUAAAAAUGAAUUAUUCAUAUAAUUACUACAGUUACCUGUUACUUAGAAAAUAUACACAUUAUUUUAUUUUCAUCUAUCAACUUUUAAGCUCAUUGAAACAAUUGAUAAAUAUAAAAAUUAAUGUUAAUUUCUUUAUUACCUCUAGAAAUUAACACAGUAAUUCAGAUAGUAUAUAAUAAAGAAAGUUAUCAUAAUUAUCAACUUUACAACAAAUGAUUACAAACUACUUUACAUUUAUCAAUACAUGAAAAAUGAUCAUUUCUGCCGUACUAUUAAAAAGAAAAAAGGUGAUUUCAAAGUUAACUAAGAAUAAAAUGCACAAUAGUCUGUUA